AUGUCGACGACCACGAUUCCGCUCGGCACCAUGUCGUUUCGCACGGCGUACGGCGCAGUCGAGCCGACGACGGUGUCGCGUCGCGCCCCUCGCCCGUGGGCGCGCUGGGCGUUUGCUGUCGCAGUCGCCUCGCUCUUUGCGGCGCUCGGGUGCGUGCUCACGCUCCAGGAGCAAAACGACACUGUCGUCGUCAUCGUCACCGUCGACGAGCCGCCUCUCGACUCGCGCUAUGACGCGUUCUUCACCGCGACCGCGGCCAUGCGCGACGAGGCCAUCGACCCGUGCCACAACUUUUACCGCUACGCGUGCGGCGGCUGGCUCGAGAACGCUACGAUCCCGUCGAAUGCCAACGCGGUCGACACGUCGUUUCGCGUUGUCGCUGACACCAACGCCAAGCUCAUCGAGACCAUCGUUCGCUCCAACCCGCCGGUGAUCGGGCCGCUGUACCAGUCGUGCAUUGCCGUGGGCGACGUCGACGAUGCCGGUGUCGAUGCCGUCUCACGCCAGCUAUCGCACGUCGCGGCCCUCACGACCAAGGACGACGUGUUCGCGUACGCUGGCGACCUCUUCCGCACGUCGGGAGUCGACGCCUUCUUCAGCCUCGAGGUUUUGGGCAACCCGAAGAACGCGACCACGAACGUGCUCUCGCUUUCGCAAGGCGGGCUUACAUUUCCAGGCCGAGACUACUAUCUAGACGCACACAAGCGCGCCAAGUACACUGCCUUGUUUGUCGAGUACGUCACGAGCUUGGCGACUGUCGAUGCGUUUGCCCGGCACAACGUCACAGCGUUCACGCACCGCCCCUUAAAGCUCGAGACGUCGUUUGCGACCAUGUCGAUCGCCAACGCCGACCUCCGGGAUCCGUGGGCAACGUACCACGCGCUCUCGCUCGCAGAGCUCGAGGUGAAAUGGCCUCACGUUGCCGCGUACCUUCGCGGCGCGGGCGUCUACGAGACGCUCGCAAACUCCAACGCGCCGAUCGUCGUGUCGACGCCGGGGUUCUUUGCAGCCCAGGCCGCGCUCUUGGCCAGUGACGACGUCGACUUGAGCACGCUCAUCAAGUAUGUAAGCUUCCGCUUGAUCGACAGCCAGAGCCCGCUGCUCGGCGAGCACUUUCGCGCCGCAAGCCACAAGUUUCAUGGGACGCUCAGCGGCCUCGGCGUCGCCUCGACGCGGGCCAACUACUGUCUCGGGCUCACGGAAGCGCAUUUGGGGGCGGUCCUCGGGUCCUACUACCUCGAGCGGGUCUGGGAUAACAGCACCAAACUGGCUGCGCGGUCGCUCAUCACUGAAAUCGAGGCGGCCAUGGGCAACGUCCUCGCCAACGAGCCGUGGCUUGACGACGCGACGCGCAAAGAAGGGCUUCGCAAGCUGCAUCACAUCUUCAACCUCGUGGGCGGCCCCGACGUCACGCCGCCGCUGCCAUUUCCGCUCAACAGCACCGGCUUCUUUGCCAACAUGGCGCAGCUCCAAGCGCACGAGAUGACGACUGCGCUCUCGUCGAUCGGGGCGCCCGUGGACCCGAUGGCGUGGGGCCUCUCGGCGUCGACCGUCAACGCGUACUACGACCCAAGUGCCAACAAGAUGGUGUUUCCGGCCGCUAUCCUUCAGGCGCCGUUUUACUCUGCGCAUGAAAUGCCGUCGAUUGCGAAUUAUGCACGCAUCGGCAUGGUCAUGGGCCACGAGCUCACGCACGGCUUUGACGACCAAGGCCGCAACUACGACGGGAACGGCAACCUCCGCAUGUGGUGGUCGCCCUCCGUGAGCAAGACGUUUGAUGUCAAGGCCGACUGCUUGGCGGCGCAGUACGCUGCGUUUGAAGUCACGUCGCUGGAUGCCUCGACGCGCAUUGGAUUUGUCGAUGGCCACCUCACGCUCGGCGAAAACAUUGCAGACAACGGCGGGCUCAAGCUCGCGUACUUGGCGUAUGCGGCCACCCAAGCCGGUCCGAUCUCGACCGACGAGACCAAGUUGUACUUUACGGCCUUUGCGCAGGCGUGGUGCGAGAAGCGGUCGGAUGCGUACGCAGAGCUCCUCCUCGGCCUCGACCCACACUCGCCCGGCAAGUGGCGCGUGAAUGGCCCGCUCAUGAACUCGGCGCUCUUUGCCGAGACGUUCCAGUGUCCUGUCGGCUCGCCCAUGAACCCACCCCACAAGUGCGUCGUGUGGUGA